CAAGAUUUCUGACACCACUACGUCAAAAUACAUUCACUUACAAAUGAGCUGACAGUCAUCCUCCAGCGAUGGACCUAAACAUUACUGAAAAAUUACCUAUAUGGACACCAUCUGGCACAUAUGAGAUUCAGCUGCUGUUCGGAGAUAUCACAAAACUUCCAAAGAAGGAUGCUGUUAACAUGAUAAUGGUGUCUGCAUUUCCUGAUGAUUAUUCUCCGCUGAGAGGAACUGUUAUAGGUGCACUGAAGAGUGAACUGGGUAUCAAUGUGCAUGAGUUGAGUAGGGCAAAGGAACUAGACUUGAGGAGACAAUUUCACUGCUGGCUUUCACAUCCCUUAGAAGGUCACCUGCCCUACCAAAGACUUCUCUGCUUUGAAAGAACAAGAGGAGAUUGCACAAUAGUAGAAGAUAUACGACAGAUGUUUCGUGUGUUUGUACCUGUGCUCAACAACAAAGAAUCUACAGUUAUCACACCGCUCCUCGCUACAGGUCAUCAGAACAAGAGUCGUGAAUAUGUGUUAUCUGUCAUGGUCCAUUGUGCUGCUCAAUGGAUAUUGGCUGGUCUGCCACUCAAGUGUUUCAAGAUUGUCAUCUAUGGUUCUGAAGACAGAGAAAUGACUAACAUUUUCACCAAAAUUAAGACAAAAUACACAAAACUCAGCCAAAAGAAAAUGGAAGAGAGUCUGAACCAACAGAUAUUUGAUAUUUUUAUCAUGUUCCAAUGUGAGGAUAAAAACUGGUGUAAGAAAAUUGAGAACGCACUCAAAGAAAAGAAAUCUGAUAUAAAGAUCUGUGCAGAUGUUCAAAAAUUUAAUGAAGAGGAAGUGUGGCAAGAUCAAAUCUUCCAGAAAAUGUCUUCAUGUUUAAAGAUAGUCGUUGUGCUGACCCCGAUGUUUGUGAACAGCCCUGAGUGUUUAGAGCAGUUUAACAUGGCUAUGUGCUGCAAUCGUCUACGAAAAGGAAACAUUCUGCAGCCUUUCUAUGUAUGCACAGUGGAAUCUAUGCCUGUUUACAUCACUCUUGUACAGUACCAAGAUUGUAGAGUGCGCAAAGAAACUGACAGAGAAGAAGUUAAGAUCCAGGAUGCUUGUUCCUUAUUGGUCAAGAAGCUCGAUCACCCUGAGGAAGAGACAGAUGUUGUUAAGGCCAAUAUCCUUGACAUACCUGGACCUGCUAGAACCAAAAAUUAUGACAUUUUUAUCUCCUACUCCCACAAAAACCCUGACCAAGCUGGUGAUCUGCUGAAAGAGCUGUCAGGGUCAAAAUUUGAGCCUAAGAUCUUUUUCGACAGAAGUGAACUCACCAUGGGUAGUUUGUGGCAGAAGACGCUGUAUGACUCAGUGGAUGGGGCAAGGUGUGUUAUUGCCCUUGUUUCCCAGACCUAUGUAUCAUCUCUGGUUUGUCAGGAGGAGUAUAACAUUGCCUUACUGCGACAUCUCAUAGAUCCAAAUAAGAUCCUGUUUAUACCAGUAUGUAUAGAGGAUCUUUCCUUAGUCUCGCAUCCAGGUUUCUGUAAAGUUGACAUGGUGGAUGGCAGGGGAGACAACUUUGCAGGAGCUGUUGAUGUUGUCACAAAGAUGGCUUUAAAAUGGCUGCAAACAGGAGAAAAAGGGCACUUCAACGUAUUGGAAAAGGAUCUGAAAGAUGUAAACUACAAAGAAAUCUUGCAAACUAUCAGAACCAGAAAUGUGGAAAGAAACUACAAAUUAGAUGUAAAACGUUUCACUAUUUAUCGGAAAGAUGCACCACCACAGGUGGAGGUGAGGCCUGAGGACCAGGACAAACAGGAAUGUGAUGUGGGUAUCGGCUUUGCUGGUGACGCCACCUACUGUGCUAUGAUAAUGGAUAGUAUAUUAGAUGAUCUCCAUCCAGGACUGAAAGUCAAACUUCUCUGGGAACGAAACAAAACACUUCUACAAGACAUUGACACAGCCCGUGUCAUUGUACUAUUUCUUUCAGAAGAAUUUGUCAACUCAGAAGAACACAUGCAAAAUCUUCACAUUGCUCUUUGUCGCCAGCGAGUGCAGAAGGGGAGAAAUGUUGUACAUUUUGUCCAGACCAUGGACUUACCAAGUGAACACAGCUUUCUGAAACUUCUCCCAGUUAAUGCAAACUUCAAAGAUAGAAUUUGGCUUGAUUAUGUCAAAAAACGUGGAAGUGACAAAGCAGAAAAAAUGAGAAAGUAUGUUGUUUCAAAGGUCCCUGAAAUUGGAGGGACCUUUUCUUGUAGUUACGCAGACUACCUAGCGAUGGUCAAGGUUGGGGAUGAUGUGAUGGAUGAACUCUUACGGAAAGAUAUAGAAGAGGAAUCUUAUCAGGCAGAGCCAAUGCUUCUUAACCUUCUCAAGGUCAAGCGUGAGAUAUACAAAGAAAGUGAUAGCACAGACAUACAUCUCAUACAAGUGAAUGAAUUAGCAUCAGAGAGCAGUCGGUCUAGUCCAAAACCACAGAAGCAGCAAGGCGCAGAAAUAACUGAGGAUAACUCUGUCCCAGGUCAACAGACAGUCUCAAAACCAGGAGAUGAGUCUAGCAAGUUAAUUGAGGAUCCUAAGCCUAAGGAUAGUGAAACUGAACAAUCCAAGUCAAGUGUGGGUUCCACCACAGAAACCCAAGGAAACCCAGGAUCCACACCAAACACAGUUUUACCACCAUUGAAACCUGAAAUCCAAACAGAACAAGUGAAACCUGAACCACAAUCAGAACAAGGAAAACCAGAGACACAAACUGGACCAAUGAAACCAGAGACACAAACGGGACCAGUGAAACCAGAGACACAAACGGGACCAGUGAAACCAGAGACACAAACGGGACCAGUGAAACCAGAGACACAAACGGGACCAGUGAAACCGAAGACAGAAAAAAACGCAAGCAACAACAAAACCUCCAAAUCUUGUGAGAUUUUGUAAAAGGUACUCAACUUUGAUUGAGUACUGCAUAACUGUGAUUUAGAAACUAGUGUG